AUGAAGUUCUCUCUCGCCACCAUCCUCCUCGGCUUCGCCGCCAUCGCCUCUGCCAGCGUCACUGACGUUGAGGGCAUUCGCAACGCUGCGCGCGAUGCCGUCCUCGUCGAUCGCCAGGCGGGCAACGCCGGCCGACCUACUCCCAACGGUCAAUGCUGUGUUGCCAACACCUCGCUCAAGCAGGACACCUGCACCGUCAACGGAGCGCAAGGACGCUGCGUUCCCGGUGGCCAGCCUUUAUCAUCCAUCUUGGAAGGUGUCAACCAACCAAACCUCUCCCAUUUAGGCGGAAGUGCUCUGAGCUGCGUUGCUCAGGCCAACCUGGCUUGCGACAACAGCAUCAUUGAGCGUGGCAAGAGCCUGUGCCGAGCCAAGGCGGGCAACGGUUUCAUUGACGGAGCCAAAACCAUCACCAGCCUGAGCCAGGCCAAGGUUAACUAA